ACCUUAUACUUUUCCUGUGCUCAGUUUUGCAUAAAAUAUAUGUUGUGCAUUUCAGAAACGGUAUGAAUUUAGGCAGGGUUGUAUUUGGUUGCAGCCAUGACCUCAUUCAAACUAGUAUUACCACAUCACGCGCACGCAGCAUCUCCCCACUGUCCUCCGCACACCUCAAGAGAGUUGGAGUUGGGAGCCACGUGCUACGCUGUUAGUAGUGGUGCGUGAGCUACGUAGGCGCGAGUCCCGUCCGCCACAACAAGGCUUAUCGCGCGCCAAACCCGAGACGACACGGACUGACUGACCGGGGAGAAACAAGAGGAGAAAGACCAAAGAAGAGGGAGAACGGUGCAUUCCUCGACAAGUCUUCUUCGUGAAACUCCCCUUUCUGCCGGCGGCACCCCCCUGCUGUUGAGGCCGUGGUAUGAGCCUAUGUGGCAGGAAGGCGCUGACUUUGCUGAGCAGCGUGUUCGCUGUUUGCGCCCUGGGCCUGUUGGGGAUCGCUGUCAGCACCGACUACUGGCUCUACCUGGAGGAGGGCGUCAUCCUUCCUCUCAACCAGAGCACCGAGGUACGCAUGUCCCUCCACUCUGGCCUUUGGAGGGUUUGCUUCUUGGCUGGGGAGGAGAAAGGCCGGUGUUUUACCAUACAGUAUGUGAUGCCCACUAACCUCCAGCUGACAUCUGAUUCCACUGUCAGUGUCCUGAAGAUGAUCCGUUCUUCCACACCCUUCCCUCUGGUCAGCCUCUUCUUCAUGUUCAUUGGCUUUGUGCUCAGUAACAUCGGACACAUCCGACCCCAUCGCACCAUCCUGGCCUUUGUUUCUGGAAUUUUCUUCAUCCUGUCAGGUCUCUCUCUGGUGGUCGGUCUGGUGUUGUACAUCUCCAACAUUAAUGACGAAAUGUUGAACAGAACCAAAACUAAUGAGGCCUACUUCAGCUACCAGUACGGCUGGUCAUUUGCCUUUGCUGCCAUCUCCUUCCUGCUCACUGAGACUGCAGGUGUCAUGUCGGUGUACUUGUUCAUGAAGCGCUACACAGCAGAGGAAAUGUACCGGCCCCGUCAGGGCUUCUACCAGCCUCGCCUCAGCAACUGCUCAGAUUACUCCGGCCAGUUCCUCCAUCCAGACGCCUGGGCCGGACGUGGUCGCAGUGCAUCCGCCAUCUCCUCUGAGGCCUCCCUCCAGAUGAACUCCUCCCACUACCCUGCUCUCCUCAAGUGUCCAGAGUAUGAACAAAUGUCCUCCUCACCGUGCUGAAGAAGAGGUGUUUGAGUGGUUGUGUUAGCACCGUAAGGGUCAUACUUAUCUAUCUGGAUUUUGGAGUCAAAUUGUCAGAUAAUUUAAUAUUAUCCAGUUUGAAUCGCUCCCUUCAAGUGUCUUGACUAUGAGCUGAUUAUCUUUACCCUCCCUACUGCAGAUUUGUUUAUUCACACUUUCUGCUUUUGUUUGGAGCCAAACUUAAGUUGAGGGUUGGCCACUUCACUUUAUUCUCUGCUCAGUCUCGUUUUGUGAGAAAGAGAAAAGGGUUUAACCCUGUUGUACUUCUUCACUAGUUUUAAGUGGUGGGCGACUAUCAACCUGCUGAAAUAGCAAGGGUAGCACAAAGUUAUUUGAAAGGAGUAACUUAACCAGCCUCAACCUGGAGUGAGCACGCCCAAUAUUUGCUUGUAGUAUUACCACAGUCCCGAUAGCUUUUUGACGGGCGUACACAUCACACAACUGCAGAAAACGAGCAUUUAGAACUAGAAAGCAACUUUGAGCAAUGGAUGCAGAGUCUGCACGUUUCAAAACCAAACACUACAGCAUGUGCUUCCAGCCACAGAGCGGAAACUGAUCACGAGGUGAUGGGACAACAUGCUUAGAAUGAUAAAUCUUAGAUGUUCACAAAACAUUUCCUCAAUUUGACCAUAUGAUCACUGCACAAAUGGUGCAGACUUUUGUUUUUGAUUUGGUUCAAAUUUAAAUUGUUAAGGCUCCUUUCUACUACAAAUUGUACACGUGCACCUGCUGUUUGUGUGUGCACAUGUUACACUCACGUCUGUUUUCACUCCUGAGUUGGUGCAGAAAACGGCUUUUUGUCACAUUAUACUGUGUCCUCAGACACAUCACAGCUGUUUCAUUUGUCCUUUUUAGCAGUUUACAGUAAAUAGUGACACCAAAGGAAAGGUUUGUCAUAGGCUGCUAGUCCAAGCAAAUGAGAAACGUUAAUUUUAAAGGCCUAAAUCUGAAUAUAUUAAUGGUUAUAUAUAAACUUUGAGUGUAUUAUUGUAUAUUCUUGUAAAGUAAUGGAAACAGACAAAACACAUCACAAAAAUGCAUUUUUUGCUCUCACAACCGAUUAUUAAAGACAAUGCAGGACUGCUUCACAUCUGUAAUUCAAACAAUACAGAUGUAAGUAAACCUUAUGUAUCCUCAGAGAACCUAUGAUUCCUGUUUACAGUCGUAGUUAAUAAAUUCAAGAUAAAAAAUAUAUUCAACCAAACCGGGGCAGCACAGUAUGUGUUGAUUAGAUUGGAGUUAAAAAAAACAUAUAUUAUACAUUUAAAUAACAUAAGGACAAAGGGGAGAAUAUGGAAUUGUGUGGUGAUGGUUUUGAUGGAAAAUGUAAAAGAGUCGGGUUGUUAUUUUAAUGUGGAGCCAUCGUGAAUACAAGAUGUGCUGUAGGAAACACUGCUGAUAGUAAAAUACCUCUCCUACAGAGAUAUAUUAACCCGUAUUAUAGCUGAAUAUUUUUCUAAUUUACCCCCUUAUAACAGAAUAUUCUAGGAUGCUUUUUUUACGAAUAUACUGCAAUCCCUAGUGUGCCAAGAAAGAAGUUGUAUCCAGGUUAAGUGGCUUCACGUUACGUUUUGAAUAUAUACAUUUCAUGCAGCAUUACCUGAGUGAGUAAAUAUAAUACAAAGCAUUUUGUCUUGCGCAAUAUUUUUAUGUUAGUUUGAUAUAUUACUAAAAGUAUAAUUGUCAGUAUUUAAUGUUGCAUGGUGUGAACUCCACAUAUUUUUAAUGGAUUGCAACAUUUCAACACUGGAUCAUGGUAUUCCACCUGCAGUAAUUCAAAUAAACAGACAGACGUACAGCUGAACUAAUAAGCACUAACUCUGCCAAGCUACGCUCACUCUGUUUAUGGUAUAUAGACCACUUUCAUUUAGUUUAUUGUAAAUAUGAAAUCACCAGUGUGUGUAUAUAGAUUCAUUGUUUUACAGGCGGAUGUACAUGUAAAAUAUAUGUAUUUUUUGUUUGGUAGAUUAAUCUGCAACUGCUGCUUUGCCUCCUGUAUCACAUUGAGAAGGUGAGCUUUUACAUAAUGUUAUACUUCCUUCAAUUUAAAAUAUUGUCAAACAUGAAAUGUAAAUUUCUUAUUUUUACAAUCAGUCAUUUUCAUGAUGUUAAAUGUGCAAUGGAAUAUGUAUACUCAAUGAAAUAAAGGUUA